GUGACUCGCAAGGUCAAAUCUGUGCAGAUGUUUCGUAAGCCAGUUCCUAGUGCUAUGCAAGGGGAUCGGGUCGGCGUGUGUGUGACACAGUUUGAUCCAAAACUGUUAGAACGGGGUGUAAUAUGCACACCAGGCUCAUUGCUGACUCUUUAUGCUGCUGUUAUAUCCGUCCAAAAGAUUGAAUACUAUCGCGGAGCACUUACCAGCCGUGCAAAGUUUCACAUCACUGUUGGACAUGAAACUGUUAUGGCACGUAUUUCAUUUUUCAAUCGAGUGCUUCUUGCCAAUGAAGAUGGAGACAGUAACCCCACCUCUCCAGAGCAAAAUGCAAAAUCUUUCUCAUUUGAUUGGGAGUUUCACCACUUAGAUGAGUAUUUGACAUGUCAGGCAGAAGAUGGGAGAGGGGAACCACAGCAAAGGGCUUUACUUGAGUUUGAACGACCGGUCACAUGUCCACCACUUUGCUUAGUGAUUGGGUCACGACUGGACUCUGAUAUCCAUGGUAACGCAUGUAGGCUUGCCUUUCAUGGAAAGCUUCUGGAAGGCUUUGAGGACAAAAACUACAUAGAGACAGCACUGCCUCGGCUCAAAAUCAGCAAAGACAAGCAGAAAGAAGGAGCAGUGGAACGGGUGACAGAUGACUACACUGUGAUUGGUCGAAACCUGUUUAAGAAGGAGACAAACCUUCAGCUGUUCGUGGGUUUAAAAGUUACGCUGUCAACAGGAGAAACGGGAUCCAUUGAAGGUGGCUUCGGCCAAAGUGGCAAAAUCAAAAUCAGAAUACCAGGUAAGCAAAGACAAAUCCACUCUCUUUUACUCUCCUUUACUUUUUCUUGGCCCCUUUUUACCUCCUUCCUCUAA